ACGUCUUCGUGCGGGAACCUACGAGAGCGGAAGUGACCGAGUCAGUCCCCCACGUGGUCGCAGCAUUGGAGAGCGGAGGAAAGCUGCGUGCAAGAUGGGGAGGCCUAGCAAAACGAAGAACCAGAAGAAAGAGCGGGCUGUUGCCCAGCAUCGGUCUCAGGAGGAAUAUAGCUCUGUGCCCCACUGCUUUGUCUUUCACCGCGGUCGUGUUGGCAAGAAUGUACAGCAACUCAUCCUGGAUGUUCGGCGGGUGAUGGAGCCUUACACUGCUACCACCCUCAAGGCACGGAAGAAGAACUCUCUGAAAGACUUUGUGACAGUGGCAGGACCUCUUGGUGUGACCCAUUUUGUUGUGUUCACGAAAACCCCCGCCACCAUCAACCUUAAAUUAUUCCGUCUCCCCGGUGGACCAACCUUGACCUUUCGAGUCACACAGUAUUCACUCAUCAAAGAUGUUGUGUCAUCUCUGAAGCGACACCGGAUGCAUGAGCAGCAGUUCACCCAACACCCACUUCUGGUGCUCAAUAACUUUGGCACUCAGGGCAUGCACAUCAAGGUCAUGGCCACGAUGUUUCAGAACAUGUUCCCUUCCAUCAAUGUCCACAGGGUAAACCUUAAUUCCAUCAAGCGCUGCGUACUGAUCAAUUACAACCCAGACACCCAGCACCUUGAAUUCCGUCACUACAGCCUGAAAGUGGUGCCUGUAGGAAUGAGCAAAGGGCUGAAGAAGCUCCUGCAGGAGAAGUUCCCCAACAUGAGCCGUUUGGAGGACAUCAGUGAGCUGUUGGUCAGAGACAUUAACCUCUCUGAGAGUGAAGCAGAGCAGGACGGAAGUCACAACAUCAUGGAGCUGCCACAAGCCUAUGCCGGCCGUGGGAACAUGAAGGCUCAGCAGAGUGCAGUCCGCCUCACGGAGAUAGGCCCUCGAAUGACGCUGCAGCUUGUCAAGGUGGAGGAAGGGUUAGGCCAGGGCAAUGUGCUCUAUCACAGCUUCAUUCACAAGACACCAGAAGAGAUCCGACAAGUCCUGGCCAGGAAAGAAGCAAAGCUGCAGCUCAAAGCCGAGCGACGCCGCAAGCAGGAGGCGAACGUGGGGCGCAAGCAAGAACUGAAAGAGGCUCACAGGAAGAAGAGCCUAGAAGGGAUGAAGAGAAAGCAGCAGCAGAUGGAAGGAGGCGAUAGCGAUGCAGAGGAUCCUGGGAUGCAGGAGGACGCCAAUGCUGAAGAGCCAUCAGACGACGACGUGGAAUAUUACCGGCAGGAGGUGGGAGAAGAGCCAGACGAAGAUCUAUUCCCACAAAGCGGUAAGAGGAAACGGCCGAGCCAGUCUGCCAGGCCCAGCAAGAGGCCCAGACGUGCCCAAUCUGCAGGGGAUCGGAGCCCAGCCCUUCUGAGAACCAACAAGAAGAUGAAACAUAGGAAGACUCCACAGACUGGGCGAAGGGACUCUCCUCAGCAUCAGAGAGACACUCGUAACCUCACGAGGCAGCCCACAAGGCCACAGAACACCAGGCAGAAGCGGCCACAAGCCUCCGGGCAGCGCAGAGUUAAGCGUCAGCCUGGAUCAAGACUGUUUGGCAGUCGAUGGCAGGGAAAAUCCGGACUGGGACGGAAGCAGGCGCAGAAAGGAAAAGGAGCCUUGAGAAAAGUGGGGCGUUCGGGGAAGAAAAGGCAAACGUAGGGUUUGGGGGCCCCCUCUCACUUGCUCUUGUUUUGUACUGGCUGUUUAGCAAAAUAUACAGACUCUCUGUUG